CAAAUGACAAAGUAAACAAAAAUGGCCGACAGCGAGGGAAAGAGAUUAGAAAAAGAGAUCAAGGUGGAACAAAGACAAAGUUGAACUUCUUUUAUGCUUGUGGGAGGAAAAAUUGCCACAGCUUCGUGGUGUAAAACGUAAUUCUCACGUUUUUAAGGAUAUGUCUGUAGAAAUGGCCACAAAGUGGCAUGUAUAUUCCGCUAAUGAAAUUCGUGUGAAAAUACAUAAUUUGUCAAAUAAAUACAGAGAUGAGAGGAAAUCUAUUGGUCCUUCUGGCGGCAGCCCUUCGACAUGGGAAUUCUACCCUAAAAUAAAUAGUAUCCUAGGGAGCUAUAAAAGUUUCAAUUUGGAAACAUUGGUGGAGGAGAGCACAGUUCACGAAGUUGUAGACUGUGCAUCACCCCUUAACAGCUCUUCCAUUACGCUGGAUUCCCAGGAAGAAUUGCCGUUUGUAGACGAGGAACCUUUCUAGAAAAAGAAAAAAACAUACUUCAAAUAAUAUUCAAAAUGAAUUUUUGGAGGAAUUCCGGGCUUCAAAUAGAAAAAUUAAGGUUGAAAUUGAAGCAAUUAAAGAGGAUGGCAAGGAGGCCCCUGAAAUUGAAAGAGAAAGAAAUGCCAUCCUCGAAAAAUUCUUAGAAGCAUAUAACAACAUAUCCUUGAAAACGUGAGAAUUACGUUUGACACCACGAAGCAUAUAUCUAGUCCAG